AUUAUUCACGCGUAGUAAAUACAGAGUAAAUGUGAUUACUUCAAGCCCCAUUAACGUUAACAAUAUUCAUAAAAAUAAAUCAUUGAAUUUUUCUAGUUUGCCUUGAUAGAGCGGUGGCCAAGAAAUAAAUUUAAACAGCUUUCGUACAUUUUAUUGACACACGCUCCACCAAUCCAAAACGUAAUAGCUAAUUUCGUCCUUAUCACUCACAAGUUGUUCUGAAAAUGAACAAGCGGGACAGAAAAUUCUUUAUUUCAAGUAAAUUUUUCUAUGAGUAUAAUCGCCUCUGCAGCAAUUUUUCAAUUUAUAUAUUAGAAGCAAAAGAAGCUGUCGUAUUAAAUUUUGCUAAACCAGUUUGUAACAAAAUAUUAAACCUGUUACAUGUAAGAGAUUGACUGCCGAUGCCUUCGCUUAAGGAAAAUCCCUAACAUAAAUGUAUUAGAAUAAAUUAAUUCAACUCAGAACGAUAAAGUGAGUGCCAGUGUUAGCGAGCGCAUUAAUUGUGUGAAAUAAUUUGGGAUUAGGAAUUAACGUAUAGUUACUUCGCAACCAGAGUUCUUAAAAUAUGGAGAAAUUACCAAAAAGUCCAAUACUAGAGCUUAACCAGACACAAGUUGAUCUAGUACGAAAAACAUUUAAUUACAAUGAUAUAAAAAAAUUACAUCAAGAUCUUGACAACUUCGAGGAUUGGAUCAGAAAGCAGAAUCAUUUUGAAGUAAAGGAAUUUGAUCGAGAUUACCUUGAACGAUUUCUAAUAGCAAGCAAAGGAUCCGUGGAGAUUGCUAAAAAACGGUUUGAUAAAUUGUGCACAUUACGGACCCUGAUGCCGGAGUUCUUAAGAAACUUUGACGUGAAUGAUGAGUUCUCUCGUGUUGUGAAUUGGAAUUACUAUGGCGUACUACCAAAGCCGACUAAUGAUAACUAUCGAAUUCUAGCAAGUACAGCACAUAAUCCAGAUGCCCCUGACAUAGAUAUGCUUGAGCUGUACAGAUUUGUCAUAUCGCUGAUGGAAUAUCUGUUUAAAUAUGACUACAACGCUGGCUUCGAAGUGAUCUUCGAUACAAGAAUGUACACGUUUGGUGUAGUAUCCAAAUUCAAUCCAAUCGUAUUGAAGAAAUGUGCCACAGUAUUCCUGGAAGCACUUGGCUUUAGACUAAAACGCUUGCAUCUAAUGAGUGGUUCGAAGGUGCUGGAUAUUGUACUAUCCAUUUUCAAGUCAGUCCUAACAGAGAAGUUAGUAAAGCGCAUAAUUGUUCACGAUAGCUUGGAGUCUUUGCAAAAUUACAUUUCUAAAGACAUUUUGCCUGUUGACUUUGGCGGCACUGAGAAAAGUAUGAAAGAAAUUUGUGAGGCAACCCUAAAAGAGAUGCGCAAGGAGGAGCAUGUAGCUCGUUUGAAAUUCCUGGAAACCGCAGGAACUGACGAAUCUAAAAGGCUUACUCAGACCUUCAACGAGGAAUAUUUAGGAAUGCCUGGCUCGUUCAAAUCACUGUGUGUAGAUUAGAUACGCACUUUAUAUAAAUUUAUGAGCGAUAGUUUAAUAGAGUUUAUAUUAAUUUGAAUUAAAAAUAAAUUAACUUUACGUAAAAUA